ACCAUGGCGGACCUAGAGGCGGUUUUGGCUGAUGUCAGCUACCUGAUGGCAAUGGAGAAGAGUAAAUCCACUCCUGCAGCCAGGGCCAGUAAGAAGAUCAUACUGCCUGAACCCAGCAUUCGAAGUGUGAUGCAAAAGUAUUUAGAAGAAAGAGGUGAAUUGACCUUUGACAAGAUAUUCAACCAGAAAAUAGGUUUCCUGCUAUUCAAAGAAUUUUGCACAAGCGACAUUGAUGAAGGGGUUCCACAGCUCAAGUUUUAUGAGGAGAUAAAAGAGUAUGAGAAACUGGAUUCAGAGGAGGACCGCCUUUGUAGAAGUCGACAGAUUUAUGACACAUACAUUAUGAAAGAGCUACUAUCUUGCUCACAUCCAUUUUCCAAGCAAGCUGUAGACCAUGUUCAGGCCCACCUUGCAAAGAAACAAGUGCCCCCUACUCUAUUUCAGCCAUAUAUAGAAGAAAUUUGUGAUAGCCUUCGAGGAAAGAUAUUUCAGAAGUUUAUAGAAAGCGACAGGUUUACAAGGUUUUGUCAAUGGAAAAAUGUUGAAUUAAACAUCCAUUUGACAAUGAAUGAUUUUAGUGUUCAUCGAAUCAUUGGUCGAGGUGGAUUUGGUGAAGUUUAUGGGUGUCGGAAGGCAGAUACCGGUAAAAUGUACGCAAUGAAAUGUCUAGAUAAGAAGAGGAUCAAGAUGAAGCAAGGAGAGACCUUAGCCUUAAAUGAAAGGAUUAUGCUAUCUCUUGUCAGCACGGGGGACUGUCCUUUCAUAGUGUGCAUGACUUAUGCCUUCCAUACGCCUGACAAGCUCUGCUUCAUCUUGGAUCUGAUGAAUGGUGGGGAUUUGCACUACCACCUCUCUCAACACGGUGUCUUCUCAGAGAAGGAGAUGAGAUUUUAUGCUGCUGAAAUUAUCCUGGGCUUGGAACACAUGCACAACCGCUUUGUAGUAUACAGAGACUUGAAGCCAGCAAAUAUUCUAUUAGAUGAACACGGGCAUGUGAGGAUAUCAGACUUAGGUCUUGCGUGUGACUUUUCGAAGAAGAAACCGCAUGCUAGCGUAGGAACCCACGGGUACAUGGCUCCUGAAGUGCUGCAGAAGGGCACAGCGUACGACAGCAGUGCAGACUGGUUUUCUCUAGGAUGUAUGCUCUUCAAACUUCUGAGAGGUCACAGUCCCUUUAGACAGCAUAAAACCAAAGAUAAACAUGAGAUUGACAGGAUGACACUCACUAUGAAUGUUGAGCUACCAGACUCGUUCACCCCAGAGCUGAAGUCUCUAUUGGAAGGUCUUCUACAGAGAGAUGUCAGCAAAAGACUUGGAUGCCAGGGUGGCAGUGCUCUUGAAGUAAAAGAACAUCCGUUCUUUAAUGGUAUAGACUGGCAACAAGUAUAUAUGCAAAAGUACCCUCCACCACUGAUUCCUCCUCGAGGAGAGGUAAAUGCAGCUGAUGCAUUUGACAUUGGCUCCUUUGAUGAAGAGGACACAAAAGGCAUUAAGUUGCUUGAUAGCGAUCAGGAGCUGUACAAGAACUUCCCUCUGGUUAUAUCUGAGCGCUGGCAACAAGAAGUAGCAGAAACUGUUUAUGAAGCUGUCAAUGGAGAUACUGAUAAGAUCGAAGCUCGGAAAAGAGCCAAAAACAAGCAACUGGGACAUGAAGAAGAUUAUGCACUAGGAAAAGACUGCAUCAUGCAUGGCUAUAUGCUGAAGUUAGGGAACCCAUUCCUGACCCAGUGGCAACGAAGAUACUUUUACCUCUUUCCCAAUAGACUUGAAUGGAGAGGAGAAGGAGAAUCUCGGCAAAAUCUAUUGACAAUGGAACAGAUAGUAUCUGUGGAAGAAACUCAGAUUAAGGACAAGAAAUGUAUCCUGCUAAGGAUCAAAGGAGCAAAACAGUUUGUCCUGCAGUGUGAGAGUGACCCAGAGUUUGUACAGUGGAAGAAGGAACUGACUGAAGCAUUUACUGAGGCACAGAGGCUAUUACGUCGGGCUCCAAAGUUCUUGAACAAGCCCCGAUCUGCAGUUGUAGAGAUCUCUAAACCACCACUCAGUCACAGAAAUAGCAAUGGCCUUUAAGUGGCAGGAUGGGACCAAGAAUUCUUAGGGAUAACUACUUAAACCACCUUGCCCAAGGUCUACAGCAUUGAUAUUAGUUACUUGUGUGGCCCUCAAAAAGCAAGGUGUACAUAGGAGAAAGUUUGGGAGCCUGCAUCACACAUUGUCUAGUCUACUGAAGACUGGGUCUUUCCGCCUGAAGUCUAGAAGAGGUCACACAGCCUGAAGCAAAGAAAAGAUGAAUUUUCACUAACAGAAGAGUUGUGAAAGUUGCCAAAUUUAGUGAUUGCUCAUCAUUCUAUUGCAUCAGCUUAUCCUGAAUGACCUAUGUCUUAAUGAUGAAGAAGCGAGGCAUCAGACCUUCUUUUUUUCUUUUCUUUUUUUUUUGUAAAUUUGGCAUAUGCAUGCUUUGCUGUAUGCCAGACAAGAAUAUGAAAUGGUUUUUUGCAGUAGUUGCUUUUACGUUGAUUUUUAUGUCUAAAUUUCAACAUAUCCCUGGAUGUUUUCUGAAGGCAUUGCCAAGUUAUAAGAAUGUUCUCAAGAUGAUAGCUUUCCUGAGUGUUGCCAUAAUUGCCCCUUUUUCCUUUUGUCCUCCCAACUUGCACUGUUGACUUUAAACUAGCAGUGUAAUGAUACUGUUAUGCACUUCAAUGACUUUUACCUGUCCUGUGGUUACAAGAUGUACAUACCAAGAAUAGUCACCCAUUUCUGUGUGUUCACCAAAAUAGUGGCUGCCACUGUCUUGCUGUGUAUGAGGGUAGAAAUAUCAUAGUGGAGUAAUUAUUGGUGAACUGGAGUGCAUGGUAGCUUUGUCCAGUGGUCUUUUAGCCAGUUUAGCACAGUUUGAAUCGAGCUCAUUCUUCAGAUUCGUUUACAGCUAUUAUUAAAACCGAUUUUUUUUUCCCUUUCCAGGUCAAUUGCACUUGAUUUUGUUUUGUUUUUAGAAUCAGAUUUUUGCUUAAGUGAAAAGCAGGUGAGAAUGUUGGAUAAUCUUGGUACGCGUCAUGCUGUAGUCCUAAAACAGUCUUUACUAUUUGAAGUUGCUCUCCUUGUUUCCAUAUGUCUAAUGUUGGGACCUCUAGUACUGUCAUUUUAUUAGGUGGCUACAACAAAGCUGCAGAGCCUUUGACCAUGUCACUGCGACUAUAAAUCCUGAUUGGCUGAACUAGGCAGGAGAAGACAAUUAUACAGCUCUUUUGUUACUUCCUGCUAUAUACAGCUGUGCAAGGUUACAAACAUUAGCUGGAAAGGCAUCUUGCUCAAAUUGUGACUCAGCAUCGCAACUGCAUGGCAGCCCCCAGAGUUUAGCGUCCGCCUUUUUAUUUUUUCAGUAAAGUGCAAAGUGCCAAUGGACUUGAAAACGUCCUAAAAACAGAUUCACUAUAUAUACCAUUAACGUCUAAGUGUAUCUGUAAAUAUUAAUUUAAAAACAAUUUGUUACAAUAGCGUGAGAGAAAACACUGCUGUAAUUUUCAUUCUCAUCUUACAUUUUAUACUUGCAUUCAUAGUAAGGAGUUCUUUGGAAGGCCAGCUGAUCAGCAUUAAUUUCCCUCCUGGUUUAAUUACUUACAGUGGUACUCACCGUAUGAGCAGAUUGAUGAACCACUGAGGAGGGGAGUCUAAUGAAUGUGAUGUUCUUAGUAUAAAUGGAGUCAAAUGGUUAUUGGUUGGAUAAAAAUAAACCUACUGUGAAGUAUGAAUCUCUAUAUUUUUAUUAAAAUCACAUGCAGUGUUUGUCAUGAACAUGCGAGUAAUUGUAAGGGAAUAAUGAGACUCAUUCGCUGUAAAUUUACUUUAACUUGCAUUUUAUGUUGCUGUCAACAGUGG